GCCAUUGAUUGAGCAUCAUUUGUCUUGUAAGCACGCGCUUAGGAAAUAAUAAGGCGCCAAAACUGAUAUUCUACAUUUAGUUUUUUUUUUUUAAACCAGUAUUUUAACUGACACAACCUUUUUUGUUAUUUUAAACUUUUUUUUAAUAAUGAACCUUCGCGGCUAUCUACUAUUUGGCCAGUUUCUGUGGCUGGUGGCCGUUUUGAACGGAAAAACCUUGCAAGGUAUCCCUGGUUACGGCAGGAACUUGAUUAUCAAAUCCUUGCCCGCCAUUGAAGAUUAUCAAAGUCCCGUUUAUGAAGUGUACAUGGAGCCUUAUUUAUAUGCACUGGGUCAAACAACAUACCCUUUGAACGACAACAGAGCUGAGAAACAGAUCGAUUUGUCUAUGGCACCACACCACGCACCCGGUUUGCAAGCCGUCGUCCAUUUAAUCGCUGAUGAGGAGUCAGGCGUUUCCGGGGAUCUGAUCUUCACCCAGAUCGUGCCUAACGGACCGGUGACAAUCGAAGGGAACGUUACAGGCUUGGCCCCGGGACUACAUGGCCUCCACGUCCACCAAACGGGCGACAUAAAGGAUAACUGCAAAGAGAUCGGACCCCACUUUUUUGGUUACUAUGGUCGUCAUGGUGGUCCCCGCGACCCAAUUCGACACGUUGGUGACCUCGGCAACAUCAAGGCGGAGGAAGAAGCCACUCUUAAUUUGAAGAUCGUUGAUCACCUUAUUUCGUUGGCUGGACCUCGUUCUGUUGUGGGAAGGUCUAUUGCCAUAAGCAAGAGCGAGGAUGACUAUGGGAGGGCCAGUACUGAAGAUAGCGCCCUCACCGGAACUUCAGGACCGGCGGUGGCUUGUGGAAUAAUAGGAUACUUACAUUAACCACACCAUCUACUUAUGUAUAUAUUGUGUUCAAUAAAAUCUUAUUCUUUUACUUAU